GUCUUCUUCGUUUGGGGGAUUUCGUUAGAAAUUCAAGUUUCCCUAAUUGUAAAAAUUUCAACGGAGAUUGGAGAAGAACAAAAUUCUGUGUAAUCUAAUCCAAUCUCAUACGAUUCACUGAAUUUGUUUUUCGAUUGCUGCAGUCAGAUUCUCAGCGAUUCCGAGUAAUCAUAUCUCUAAUUUGAUAGAAAUUCAUCCAAUUCUUCGCAGGUUUCUGUAGAAAUGCAGAGCCAAAUAGUUUGCACCGGGUGUAGAACGGUGCUUCUUUACCCUCGAGGAGCUACUAAUGUUUGCUGUGCAAUAUGUAAUGUGAUCACUGCUGUCCCUCCUGCUGGGAUGGAAAUGGCUCAACUAAUAUGUGGAGGCUGCCGAACAUUACUUAUGCACGCCCGAGGGGCUGCCAGUGUUAGGUGCUCUUGCUGCCACACAGUGAACCUUGUACCUGGGCCAGCAGCAGCAGCACCACUACCAACAACACCUCCACCAGCUUCUAGUAAUAUCGCUCAUUUCAACUGUGGAAACUGCCAUACCAUGCUCAUGUAUCCAGCUGGAGCUCCAUCAGUUAAAUGUGCAGUUUGCCAUUUCAUUACAAACGUUAAUAAUGGUGACGCAAGGGUCCCUAUUCCUGUACAUCGACCUGGAGGGAUUGCAACAUCUGCAUCUCCACCUACUUACUUGGCGCCAUCCCAGUCUCAUAAUCAAACAGUCGUCGUUCAUAAUCCCAUGACUGUUGAUGAAAGCGGCAAGUUGGUGAACAACGUUGUUGUUGGUGUGACAACUUAAGAAUGCAAUGGAAAUAGAACAAUUCAUAACAUGUUCUGAUCUUCUGUUGUGAAUGACUAUUUCUGGUCCUUGUCUUCUUCAAGGGUAUAGAGAUAUGAUGUGCAUAUCCUGGCUGUAGUAAUAUGAAUUAUCUAGCAUUGUUUGUAUAGGACUAAGAAAAGUAUGACUUUUUUUUGUCAUUUUUGUAUAAGUUCUAUUGUUGUCAUUUUUUCUUGUUGAUGGUUAUGCUACCUAAUAUAUGUAUUUACUGUAACUUAAUGUCAUGAAAUAUAGUUGGAAAGACAAAGUUACCUAA